GUCUCAUUCUGCCACGGUCCACGAGCCGGGAGGUUCACAUCAGCAGCUCAGCGAUACUUAUUUAAUUUAGUAACAAACUACUUGUUUUAUAUUUAUACUCGAGGUGAAGCAGUACGUGUACCUUACUUUACAAGUGUCAGCCUGAGAAACAGAUUUAAAACAAAAAGCUCAGUCGUCUCGCCGGCAGCGCGAACAAAGACCAGCCUUUCUUUAGAUAAAAGAAAACCACCUCUGUCUUUAGUUAUGAGUCAUGUCGUCGUCGAUAAUCAACACGGUCUAGAUCAGCAGCUUGCUGCCCUAGACUUGAACGGUGCUGACGGACAAGGAGGAGGAACUGGCAGACGUUACAUUCCACCUCACCUGAGGAACAAAGAUGCUGCCAAAAACGCAGGAAAUACUUUUUGUGCUGGUAGGCAGUGCUGUUAUUCAGUGGCUCCUGUAAAUCUCUAUUCACCUGGAUGGGACGGCGGACGUACCAAUGGAUAUGUGAAUGGUUUUCACGACAACCGCACAAAUAGUGGCUUUGKAGGGCGUGGACCCCCUCGCAAUGAUAGAGGGUUUGGUGGUUAUGAAAACAAAGAUGGCGGAUGGGGCGGAGCUCCUAGGGAUGCUGCCUACAACAGCUUCGGAGGACGCAAUGAUCGGACGAAGUCUGCCUUUUUUAAUGACCGUGGAGCUGGCUCAAGAGGAAGGUAUGAGCGUGGGGGCUUUGCUGGUGGAGGAAACAGCCGCUGGGUGGAGGACUACAGAGAGGAGGACUGGUCCAAACCCACUGCUCCCAAUGAGCGUCUGGAACACGAGCUUUUCUCUGGAAGCAACACUGGGAUAAACUUUGAGAAAUACGAUGAUAUUCCUGUGGAGGCUACAGGAACCAACAGCCCUCCACACAUUGAGAGUUUCCAUGAUGUGGACAUGGGGGAGAUUAUCAUGGGCAACAUCACUCUGAGCCGUUACACUCGUCCCACUCCCGUCCAGAAGCAUGCUAUCCCCAUCAUCAAGUCCAAGAGAGACCUGAUGGCCUGUGCCCAGACUGGCUCUGGUAAAACAGCUGCCUUCCUGCUGCCUGUGCUGAGUCAGAUCUACACAGAUGGACCAGGAGAUGCUCUGCAGGCUUCAAAGAACAGUGGACAGGACAAUGGCAGGUACGGUCGUCGUAAGCAGUACCCGCUCUCCCUGGUCCUGGCUCCAACCAGAGAACUGGCCCUGCAGAUCUACGAUGAGGCCAGGAAGUUUGCCUAUCGCUCUCGUGUGCGUCCUUGUGUGGUCUAUGGUGGUGCUGAUAUCGGCCAGCAGAUCAGGGACUUGGAGAGGGGCUGUCACCUGCUGGUGGCCACACCAGGCCGUCUGGUUGACAUGAUGGAGAGGGGCAAGAUCGGUCUGGACCAUUGCAAUUACCUGGUCCUGGACGAGGCUGACCGCAUGUUGGACAUGGGCUUCGAGCCCCAGAUCAGACGGAUUGUGGAACAAGAUACAAUGCCACCCAAAGGAAUUCGUCAGACCAUGAUGUUCAGUGCCACGUUCCCCAAAGAGAUUCAGAUCCUGGCUCGGGACUUCCUGGAGGACUACAUCUUUCUGGCAGUAGGCCGUGUUGGCUCCACUUCAGAAAACAUCACCCAGAAAGUGGUGUGGGUAGAGGAGAACGACAAGAGGUCCUUUCUCCUGGACCUGCUCAACGCCACAGGCAAAGACUCUUUGACUUUAGUGUUUGUGGAAACCAAGAAGGGAGCUGACGCUCUGGAAGACUUCCUGUACCGUGAGGGCUACGCCUGCACCAGUAUCCAUGGAGACCGAUCACAAAGAGACCGGGAGGAGGCACUGCAUCAGUUCCGCUCGGGCCAGUGCCCAAUCUUAGUGGCUACAGCUGUGGCUGCUCGAGGUUUGGACAUCAGCAACGUGAAACAUGUCAUUAACUUUGAUCUGCCCAGUGACAUUGAGGAGUACGUUCACCGUAUUGGCCGUACGGGACGUGUGGGCAACCUUGGUCUGGCCACGUCGUUCUUUAACGACAAAAACAGCAACAUAACCAAAGAUUUGCUGGACAUCCUGGUUGAGGCCAAACAGGAAGUUCCUACCUGGCUGGAGAGCCUGGCCUACGAGCACCAACACAAGAGCAGCACCCGAGGACGCUCCAAGAGGUUCUCAGGGGGCUUUGGAGCCAGAGACUACCGUCAGACACCAGGUGGUUCUGGAGGCUUCAGCAGCAAUCGUGGAGGCCGCAGUGCUGGAGGGAACCGUGGCUUUGGUGGAGGUGGCUUCGGGGGCAACUUCUACAGCAAUGAUGGCUACGGAGGAAACUACAGCCACUCUGGUAGUGUGGACUGGUGGGGGAACUAGUCCUCAUAGGAUCAGGUUGCCAUGCCUGAAAGUGGAAACCACAUGUUGACGUAAGCCAGACUGUACCAACCCUCCUGUAGCUUCACUGACAGUACACGACCAGCCCAGGUUCUCCUACAGGAAGUGCAGCACAACGCACAGGAAAGCACYGGCGCCUGCAGACAUUUGCACACUGCAGAGUGAGCAUGAUGCUAACAUGCAUCCUGCUGCACCCUGGGACUUUUCCUUCAUUUACUGUGGGCUUUAAAGAAACAAACUGGGCUUAAACCUGUUCAUGUACUGUGCCUUUUGAAUUUAAAAGGAAAUUAUUUCAUUUCACCAGAUGAACACAGCCAAGAGCUCUAAAUUWGUUUGUACUAUUUAGUUUGAAGAAGACAAUAGUUGGAGUAAGCUUGAACGUAUUCAAACCUUGGCAAACACUUGGAUGUCGUGGCUCUGAGUCAUGAUUCCAUUUGAAUUGAUGGCAGAAAAGUUGUGCAGCUUUUUUAUUGUCACACAGCUGAUGGUCAAAACCAGAUUUAACAAACCAAACCAAACUGUGCUGCUCUGUGAAGCAACUGUUGUAAGACCAGAWGAAUUUUGUAUGGUUCAGCUCACUCCAUCCUGAACAGACUGAUGGAUAUGGUAGUGUUUAAAACAAAAAGGCAUUCCUGUUGAGAUGUUAAACACAGCAGUCAUUAAGCACAGUGCCAACAAUCACUGAGGUGGAAACUCCUUACUCCAACCUUUUCAUUGACUUGACAGUGUUAUGGCAGCUGGUACGGUACCAAGUGCUAGCUACUUUCAGUGGACGGUGUUUUUUACUUGAGACUAUAUUUGUGCAAGCGUAUUAAGAAUUGAAGAACUACGUCAGUUAUUUAGAGUUGUUGAUUUAAAAUCAGUGUGAAACAAUGCCUGACAUGUUAAAGUGGCUGCAGAAAGGACCACAGCCUUGGGGGUGGGGGGAGGAUAACCCAACUGCAGCCCGGGGCUCCCAGCUACGCUUGCAGGUGUUUGUGUUUUUUGGUCAAGGAGAAAUGCAAAGAGAGUCGCAGGCUUCAACAUUUUCUCUUUUCAAGCUGCGUUGGAGGCGUGGCUCAUCCAGACAGCAUCUGAGUUAGAGCUGCACCACUGUGGAACUGAAGGACCCAACAGUGUCAGGUCCUCUGGUGGAGAUCUGCUCAACUGAAGGACCCAACAGUGUCAGGUCCUGGGUGGAGAUCUGCUCAGACUGAAGGACCCAACAGUGUCAGGUCCUCUGGUGGAGAUCUGCUCAGACUGAAGGACCCAACAGUGUCAGGUCCUCUGGUGGAGAUCUGCUCAGACUGAAGGACCCAACAGUGUCA